AUGGCCAACGCACCCGUGACUGCUGGCCACCACACCAUAGUCCCACAUGGCCGCUUCGUGUGGUUUUCUAGUGUAUCAAAUCUGUAUAUACAGCUCAUCGGACGUCUGCCAAUACCUGCACGUUCCUCGUCAUCUCCCCGCACCCUGAAUAGGCAGGACACGCGAUGCUGGAGGCUUCUAGACAUUAUAUCGCUGGACUUCGAAUGCGACGGUAAAGCCAUGUGUAUAGGCUAUCUUCAGAAGUAG